AUGGACACAAGCGCUUCGAAGCACGUCGCUGCGUUGGCCAGGAAACAAGAAGGACUGCUCCAAGGGAUUACAGGGUCGCCUGAGUCUAUACAGCACGAGGCGAAGGCGCUUGAGCCCGAGGCCAGUCCCGUCACGAAUGCGGUGCGUGAGGUGACUGUGGUGUCAGAGAAGACGGAGAAGCAGGAGCUGACGAAGAACAGUCAGGACGAUGGCAAGCGCCGUCAACGACGCACGGGCGUGAAGAAGGUGAAGUAUGUGCAAGAGGACGAUGUGUCGGAAGAAGAAGAGGUUCUGCUUGCGGACAAGAAGAAACGGGCGCAGCAGCUGGACUGCCAGCUGAGAGCAGAUGUUGGCUACCCACGAUUGGACCAAAUUGUCGGGCGACGCAUAAACGAGUCGACAGGACUUGUGGAAUAUUUGUGCAAGUUUCUCGGUCGCUCGUAUUUGCACCUGUACUGGCUCACGUUUGAUGAGGUGGAUCUCUUUAUCCCAGAAGGGUAUCAAAAGUUCCACCGCGUGCAAGUGUACGAUCGAAAGCUGAGACGGGAGGGAUAUCAACCGCUGGAUGAAGUCGAUGACCUGGAGGCAAACAAACUGACAGUAGAAAGGAUCUUGAGCCACAAAGUGGACCCAGCCAGCCAUUUGGAUGAACAGAUUGAAAAGCGCCGACGGCAGUUGCGGUACGAGCCGAGGUUUCCCCGUGUGACAGACUAUUUUUUUAUGGAUAAGACUGACGCGAUUCCUGAGCGCAUGCUGGGCAUUGUGACAAAGUUGAUGAAAGAACCGGGUGGUGAUAUCUUUGAGCACCCCGUUGAUGUUGAAGAGGUCCCCGACUAUCUUAACUUCAUCCCGAAUCCUAUCGACCUGGGGACGAUAUUGACGCGAAUCGGUCGCGAGAGUUACUAUAUCGGCCCAUCCGCCGUGUCUUUGUUUGCUUCAGAUGUGCGACUGGUGUUCCACAACUGCAAGACGUACAAUGCAGAAGGAUCUGCCAUCUGGUGCACUGCAAAUGAGCUUUUACGCUGCCUUGAAAAGUGGCUGUACGAUUGGAUUCUCUCUCCAACGGCUUGGCUGAAGCUCUCGUCCACAGGAACCACAGAAAAAGAGCUAAGCUUGUACAAAGAGUUUCGUGCGGAAGCCGAGAGUUUUUAUGAUGUGUGGGCGCCUUGGCAGGUCGGCUGUUGCGUGUGCGGGAGCAACGACCAUAGUGAGGAGCUACUGUUGUGCGAUCAAUGCGAUGGUGAGGUUCACAUGCGCUGUGCUACCCCAGCAAUCGCGGAAUUACCAGACGGGGAGUGGUUUUGCGGGUAUUGUCGAAUACGUGCAAAAUUUAGUGAGAGAAUGAAUGAGGCAAAGCAGAAAGUCACUAACAGCACAGUAAAGACCAUUGGGACGGGGGCCUCCGCUGAAACAUCUGGUGUCGCUGUGCCUUUGACUUCGAAUACCACAACAGCUUCCUCGUCUAACAUGAAACCAGCCACCUCAUUGGUGCAAACGCCGAGAAUUCUCAUGGAACGCGCAGACGGUGAGGGCAAAGUAAACAAGAAGACGUCAAAACGCAGUCUCAAAGGUAGCAGUGCGACAAAGAGCUUGGCGCCCAUCAGCGUGAAAGAUCGUGCUGCUACAUUUUUCUUGGUCAAGUGGGUUGGCAUGUCGGUCCGCUUCUCAACUUGGGAACGCCCCGAAGAUAUUGGUGACGAUGAACAGAUUCACAGGUAUUUUAAGUUUAGCCGUGUGCCCAGUGCAAAAGAGAUCAGUGAGACUACGUGUCAGUUGCCUUGCUGUGCCAAGAGACACCAGUACGCGCUAGCAAGUAGCACAAACGGGGCGAAAUGCUGUGUGAAAGACCGCUUUUGUACUCUGGGAUUUAGCCACGAAGGAGAUUGUAGCCGUAGUAUCAAAGUGUUGGGAGGGGCCUACGGGAGCAGCUCGUAUCGACGUUUACACAUGGCAGAGCAAGUGAAGGCACAACUGUUUGCCUUCCAUUGCUUGCUAAACAAUCACACGCCCGACAGAGACGUGCUCAAACAGUGUGGCGUUUACACGAACGCAUAUGUCACCACAAAACAACACCUGGCACCCAUGGUUGUGAAAGAGGACGACGACGAGGACUACUCAGACGGAGACGGAGUGUCAUCUGAUGAUGAUGCAGACUUUGAUGCCGAGCAUGAAUAUUUGAAUCGGGCUGCUCUUUAUCCGGGGAUCCUCACCGUUGAUAGUGAGGGUGACGAUGACGACGACGAAAGUAGAAGUCGCAAGAAGAAAAUCGGGGAAGAAGUUGGAGAAGUUCUUAGCUGUCUGGUCGAGCACGUUGCGCUUGGAUACCCGACCGACCUCGAGCCAGUCAGUGCCGAAUGUCGGUUCGACUCGACAUAUCCAGCGACAGCUUUCAAUGAGCUUCUAGCCUUUUCGGAGUUUUGUGUCAUGCUAGGUCGAUCCCCUUUUGGUCUAGGUAUGCGUCUUGGAAUCAGCAGUACCAGUAGUGUAUCAGUUUUGGGAUUCCAAAUUCUGGCAAAUGGUAUGAUGGGUCCUGCGCAGGCGUCUGGGGCUAUUUCGAUCGGUGAUGUGCUGGUCGCAGUGAACAACGUCUCGGUGGCCGGUCUUUCGUUUCAAGACGUCGUGGGGUUAAUCAGUGCGUCCCCCAACCAAAUUCUUUUCCACUUCCACUCUCCGCGACCUGCGUUUAUGUACCCUCCAUACUGCCAAGCAAAACAAGUUACAAAGAUGCGCUUGGAAAUGGUUCCGGUCGAUGCAGCUCCAGAAUAUUCCAAUUUCGCAGACUUUAGUUAUAACAAGUACAAACGGAUGCUCAAAGUUGGAGUAGCAGGCUCAGGCGUGGCACCAUCAGCUUUGACGAAGACAUUGCUGCAGCAUUCCAACUACAUCGCGCCAAACGGUCCCAUGCAACAUUUGUAUGCGGGAGUCGUGGACAACAGUCGACCGAACGGCAAGAUUGGUGGUGCACGUAAGCAUGGAGACGGGAAUGAAUUCGUGCCUUACGAACAGUCGCCGACAUACAAAGGCGGUCGCACGCUGCGUACUUAUCAAGUGGAAGGUCUCAACUGGAUGGUAUCGUGUAUCAAAGCCCAGCGCUCCUGCAUACUGGCAGAUGAGAUGGGACUGGGAAAGACGGUCCAGAUUGUGUCACUGAUUGAGCACAUGAAGUCAGAAGAGUCCAUUCGUGGUCCGUAUCUAAUUGUUGUACCGCUUUCUACGAUUCAGCACUGGCGUCGUGAAAUUGAGAGCUGGACGGAUCUCAACGUCUGCGUUUACCACGACAUUGGUGACCGCACUACUAAAUUUACUGCAAAGGAUAUGCGUGCGGUCAUUCGAGAUCAAGAAUGGUAUUACCCAGGUUUGGGGAAUUCCAUUUUCAAGUUCCACAUUUUGCUGACUACGUUUGAGACCAUUCUGGCUGAUUUUGAAGAGUUCGAGCACAUUCACUGGCGAUUAGUUGUGGUUGAUGAGGCACAUCGACUGAAGGGUGCUGGAUCACGGGUACUGAAGAUGAUGCGCGUGCUCCACGUGGAUCGGAAGGUGUUGCUGACGGGAACACCAUUACAGAACAACACACAAGAGCUCUGGGUGUUGCUGAAUUAUCUAGAACCGGUCAAGUUUGCAAGUUUGGACGAGUUUAACAAGAAUUUUGGAAAGCUGCAUUCGCAGGAGCAGGUUGUACGGCUUCAGCUGCUGCUGUCGCCGUACAUUCUGCGUCGAGUGAAGGAGGAUGUUGAAAAAAGCAUUCCGCCAAAGGAAGAGACGAUCAUCUCUGUCGAAUUGACGACGCUGCAAAAGCAGUACUAUAGAGCCAUCUACGACAAAAAUAAAAGCUUCCUGUAUCGUGGUACGAAAAACGGUUUGCCAACGCUGAACAACAUUCAGCUGCAACUGCGAAAGUGCUGCAACCACCCUUUCCUUAUCAAAGGUGUUGAAGAGAGGGAGCUGGACGAACUUGGCAGCAAUCCAACAUCAGCCCAAGUGAUGGAAAAGACGAUCGAAUGUUCUGGUAAAAUGAUGCUCGUGUCCAAACUGAUUCCAAAGCUUAAGCGGGAUGGGCACAAGAUUUUGAUAUUUAGCCAGUUUCUGAAGCAGCUCGACUUGCUCGAGCGCUAUUGCGAUGCCAACUCUUUUACGAAAGCUGGCGGUGUGGGCAUUAAUCUCAUUGCAGCCGAUACAGUAAUUAUUUUUGACAGCGAUUGGAAUCCGAUGAACGAUUUGCAAGCCCAGUCUCGUUGCCACCGCAUUGGCCAGAAGAAGAGUGUGCAGAUUUACCGUCUGGUGACACGGAACACGUACGAAAGCGAAAUGUUCGAUCGCGCAUCACGAAAGCUUGGUCUUGAGCACGCCGUGUUAGGUACAGCGUCAUUCAAUGAGAACUCGCAGAUUACAAAGCCAUCAGCGGAGCAACUUGUAGAGCUGCUCAAGCGCGGGGCGUAUGCGCUGAUGAAAGACGAUGAUACAGCGUCCAAAGAGUUUGCUGAGCGAGAUAUUGAGACUAUUCUGAAGGAAAACGCUCGUGUUCUGGUCGUGGGUGGUGGCUCCAACGCUAGCAAGGGCGCGGACGAUAAUGCGAGUGGUUUGACAACACCGAUGCAUCGAAAGUCGCCAACGGGCUCUUACAAGCGUAAGUCGCUUGGUGGGAUGGCGGUAGACCGUUCAUCGUUUGUUGCCGAGGGAUCCACAGGCGAGUUGUCCGUGGAUGAUCCAAAUUUCUGGGAGAAGGUACUUCCAGGGGCUGUCUCGGUGGAAAUGCUGAGUUUGAAACUCGAAGAUGGCAGUGCGAUGAACUCGCGUCAGUCGAAGAUCAAGUUCAUUGGCAAUUUGGAUAUUGCCUUGUCUAGCUUGGUUGCCGAGAUGAGCUCGAGCCACAAUCCCGACGAUGAUCGGGUUGGUGGUCGAGAUAUCCAACACGAAUAUGAUAUUGCGAUUCAAGUGCUGAGCACCGUGAGCUCAAAAUACCAUGAUGAGUUUUCCAACGAACAAAUUGAUCUCGUGAAAGAAUACUUGACACAACUAGAAAAAUCGCGCGUACGAAGCUGCCGUCUAGCUCCGUCCCGAGCAAACAUGUACCAAGACGAGGAGUUCGACACCCCAAAGAAGAAGAAACGGCGUAGGAGAAGCACUCCAACAGGCGGCAGGAUCGCAAGCAGUGAGGAUGAGGCGUACGGUGGUACCCCCGUGAAAAAGAGAGGCGGUAAACAUCGUCCCGCAAAACGUAUGGGAGCUGUGCGCACAAAGUCGACAGCUGCUUUUCCUCAAGUGGGCGUCGGUAACGACAGUGACGAUUUGUGUACUCUUUGCGGCGACGGCGGGUUAAUAUUGCUUUGUGAUGGCCCAUGCCAUCGCUCGUUUCAUCUUGAGUGUGUGGGUAUGGACAAUGAGCCGAAUGACGAGCAGUGGUUGUGCCCAGAUUGUGCUGAGGGACGUCAUAUGUGCUUAAUCUGCAAGCAGGUCGGCGAAAUGGGCGUCGAGUUUGGUGUCAACCAAUGUUCAGUAGCCAAGUGCGGCAGGUUUUACCAUAAAGGUUGUCUCGCCAAGAACUCGCGCGUCGAGUGGGUGGGUAAGAAGCGAUUCCGUUGUCCAAGUCACUUUUGCCAUACCUGCUUGCAGGGUAGUAGGACGACUACUGCUACCAAGCGCAAGAAGAAGGACGACAAUCAAACCGGUGUCGUGAGCUGCAUCCAUUGCUCACAAGCCUUCCACCCGGAGUGCAUUAUGUCUUCAGAGAAGUUUAUUCGACUUUCCAAGAACCUCAUGAUUUGCGCCAAUCAUUUGAACGGGAAAAAGUCACCAGCCACUGCUAGUCCUAUUACUGGACCGAAAGCGGUGAACCGUCGUGUUGCUGAUACGACACUGACUGCUGCGGCAGCACUGCAGCAGCUGAAAGCUCCGCAGGCCCUUUCUUUCGAUAAAUACGAAGUCCAAGAAGUGGGAACGUCAGACGGUAAGCGCAAACGCGCGUCGUCCGCCAACAGAGUCAGCUCAAGCGCGUUGAAGAGAAAGAGAUCGUCGACGCCGUUGGAGAAAGCUGGUGCAAAACUACCUAAAGCAAGGGUGUGUGGGUUGUGCCACCGCGGCAACGUCAUGGGAGGUGGUGAUAGCCAAGGAUUGCCAUCCCGACCUCUCGACGACGAAGGAGCGCGUACUGGCACUGCAGGUGCAAGCGUAGACUCAGCGGGGACUACGACUACAGAUACAGCCCUCGAGGGGCCUUUUAUCGAAGCUCCAGUUCGUGUCAAACAGGCCGACAAGUCGAACGAGACGGUGUACGUGCACUUGAACUGUGCCAUGCACUCGCCAGAGGUGUACGUGAAGGCCGAUGGGCUCAUUAUGAAUCUGCCCAAAGCCAUCAAACGCGGACGACAGCUCAAGUGUACCGGUUGUCAUCGAUUUGGUGCCACAGUGGGCUGCAUUGUCGCCAAGUGUCGGCAUAACUAUCAUUUGCGCUGCGCGGUGGAAAGCGGCGGGGAGAUUGACAGCUCCACGUACGCCCUACACUGCAAGGUUCACGCAGCUGCGCAGAAGGAACCGACGCGUGUCUGUGUUUGCGAGAGCAACGAGGAGGAGGAUCCGCCGCUCGCGUUAAUGUGCUCCACGUGCAGCACGAAGUUUCACCCCAAGUGCAUCAACAUGUCGGCUCGUCAAGCAGCUCGCAAGGCGAAGACAUGGGUUUGCAGCGCUUGUGACGGCUCAGCCGCGGCAAAGCCAAUGACGCCAACUCACGUGCCUGUCCGGUGCAAGCUCAAUGCAGCAGCUCCGUCAAAGAAACUAGCAAGAAGAAGCAAGUCCAGCUUAAGUACGAAAAACUCGUCGACGGUAGCGACAAAGAAGAGGAGCAGCAGUAGCAGUAGUACCAAGGCUCAAAAGGUCGAUGGCAGCGACUCGCCGAAGCGCAAGAAGCUGACGAAGGAUCGCGUGAGCAAAAUAUCACGGACGAAGUCACGAGCAGCGACGACGAGCAACAGAACUCACGGAUUGUCGCCUCACAAGGAGGAGACGGACUUGGACAGCGGUGUCAUCACAGACGAGUAG